GAAGCCUCUUGAGACUUUGAGUUUGUCUCAAAGAGUUACAGAGAUAAAUCCUUACGAUACGAGUAUACGACCUCCCUAGUCGUCUUAAUUGCAACCUAAGCAACAAAAGGGAGAAGAAGAAGAAGAUUGAAAAAUGCCAAUCGAGAUGCCCAAAGGCCUUCCUUUCUCUGUGGAUACCUGGAGCCCUUCUUCAAGAAGGAAGAGAUACCAUUUCCUCACUCACGCCCACAAAGACCACUGCACUGGAAUUUCUCUCUACUCUUCAUACCCUAUUUACGCUGCCCACCUUACGAAAACACUGAUCCUUCAAUUAUUCCCGCAGGUAGAGGAUUCGUUAUUUGUUGGAAUUGAGGUCGGCGAGUCGGUUGUUAUCGACGACCCUGAUGGACCUUUCACUGUUACGGCUUUCAAUGCCAAUCACUGCCCGGGGGCUGUUAUGUUCUUGUUUGAAGGGCACUUUGGAAAUAUACUGCACACUGGAGAUUGUAGACUUACUCCUGAAUAUCUGCAAAACUUGCCAGAAAAAUAUAUUGGUAAGAAAGGAAGAGAACCUAAGUGCCCUCUUGAUUAUGUUUUCCUGGAUUGCACAUUUGGGAAAUUCUCUCUGAAGAUUCCAAGUAAGAACGCAGCAAUUCGACAGGUGAUUAAUUGCAUAUGGAAACACCCAAAUGUUCCCAUUGUCUACCUGGCCUGCGAUCUUCUUGGUCAGGAAGAAAUACUUGUGGAAGUGUCCAGAACAUUUGGGUCCAAGAUAUACGUCAACAAAGAUACAAAUGCAGAAUGUCUCCAAGCUCUAAAACUCAUAGCUCCAGACAUCCUGUCUCAAGAUGUGUCUUCUCGCUUCCAGGUGUUUGAAGGGUUUCCUAAACUUUAUGAAAGAGCAAAAGCAAAACUCAUGGAGGCCCAAGCUAAUUUUCAGCCUGAGCCUCUGAUAAUUCGUCCCUCUUCACAAUGGUAUGCAUGUGAAGUUGAACAUUUGGAAGUCAAAAGGCAAAAAAGAAAACAGAGUUUUGAAGAAGCAGAAAAGGAUUCAUUUGGUGUUUGGCAUGUUUGCUAUUCAAUUCACUCAUCCCAGGAAGAAUUGGAGUGGGCCUUGCAACUUCUGCAACCUAGGAGGGUUGUCUCGACAACCCCCAAUUGCCGUGCAGUGGAGCUGGAUUAUGUUAAGAACCACUGUAUGGGUGCUAAAGUAUCUUCAGAUGACCCUAUAUGGAAGCUUCUGGACAUUAACAUGGAAGCAGGAAUUUCCUUCCCACAAGCUCCUCAAAAAGUCCCAAUCGAAGAUUGUAGUUACUUUAAUAUGGUAGACUCUGGGAUUCAUGUCAUAGAAACUAACCAGUUGCAGCAAAGUAAUCCAUCUACCAACUGUGCAGAACUUCAGUUGAAUUUGUCAUCCCCAAGCAAAAAACCACCCCUGACAUUGUUUGGAAGAGCAAGGCUUGGUUUUCAAGAUUUUAGAUUUUUACACAGAGAAGAGAAAAGAGUGCCCGUUGAGUUUAACCCUCCGCCUAUUGUUGCCAUUGAAAGAGGUCAAGAAUCAUCAUUGGACGAGGUUGGUUCUGUUGAAGUACAAUGUGAGAAAAUAGGGGAGAAUGAGAUGAAAGUGGGAAAUAAUGAUUCUCAUUCAAACAUUGGUUCCUCAGAUUGCUUGGGUGCAAGCUUGAGGAGGCUGUACAGAUCCAUGCAUGUUCCAGUGCCCAAGCCUCUUCCAUCAUUAGUGGAACUUAUGAAUGCCACCAAAAGAACCAAGAGGAGGAUCCAGCUUUAAUCUACCCCAUGUAACUUUAAAAUGGGAUAUCUGUUAUCUUCAUGUGCCAUAAAACUUGAGCAGAAAGAAGCCAUUGUCAUAGAUAAACUUGCAGAAUGUAUGACAGGUAUGGAACUAAGAGUUUGGUUUCAUGGCAAGAUGAACACUUUGAUCAGAUGGGCACUACCUUAGAGAUUGUGUCCGGGAUUGGUUGGUUUCUCUUUUACACCAGCUUGCUUUUAUGUAUCGAACAUUAUCUGGCACUGCAGAUGGAAGCCGGGUGGGGAUUAAUUACCUCUGUAUAUACAUGGCUAGCUGUGUCAAAUCGGGUGGCUAAGAAAAUUCAAGUAGCACCUGACCUGUUUAUCAAUUGGAUUAGAUAUGCCAACCUGAGACCAACGCCAGGAUAUGAAGCAGGGUAUGCUGGCUAUGUUGGCUAAUGUGGUUGUGCAUUGUUAUCCCUAUUUCAAUCUUAAAUUCAAUAAUCGGACUUCUCAAUGCAGGUUUCAAAUUGAUGUUAAAGCGAAAGUGUAAUAUUAGCAAGAGAUGACAUUCAUUAACCUUUUCAUUGAUGUAAUAAUUCAUGGCACAUUCCAAUUCUUCUUGUACCUGUGCCUGGUUUUUCUGU